AUGGCAAUUUUUAUGAAAAAACAUUUCGAUAGAAUACCUUUUGAUGUGAAUUCUUCCUUAAUUACCCUCACCCUUAAAGGAUCUUCAUUUAAGAAUAAAUAUUUUCUUCUUCUUACUCGCUCUUUUAACACCUGGUCAUGGAAUUCUGUGGAAUUCCCAGAACUGAGAGAGAAGAUGAGAAGCAUAAACAAAAGAAGCAUCAAAAUUCAAUUUAGGAGCUCAGUCUUAGUUCAAGAGUUCAGUGAUAAAGUACCUUAUAUGAUCACAAUAAGAGGUUUAUGGUAG